GCAAAAUUAACUCCGAUAAAAACGAUCUCCUAAGAAUUUGUAAAAGCCUAGAAAAAAGAAAAGAAACAAAAGCUAAACAACCAGUUCACCGACGUCUUCUACAAAAAUCCUAGCAAUGUCUGAGUUGGGGAAAGACAUUUUAAAGAAGAAAUUUGGCUUACCACCAAUGCCUCCCAUCAUAUCUGGGUAAACUCUUCAUUAAUUUAGCAAUUAAAUUUUACAUUUACUUUUAAUUCUUUGUUUUUAAAGUGACUUUUAGUUAUAUCGCUAUGACUACGGCCACUUUAAAAAAAUAAAAUUGUCUUAAAAAAUCUUAUUAAAAUUUAGAGGUCUAGGACGCUGAGGCUUUAAUCUAAUUUAAAUUAUUUAUGUUUAAAAAAAAAAAUGAACAGCUUCUUUGUUCAUAUUUUAGCAAGAGUUUAGAAAUGAGACUAAACUAAGACUUAAGAGAAGUUCAGUUUAAAAGUUAAUUUAAAGUAAAGACUAAAAAUAAUUUAAUAUUUAAAGAGUAAAUGAGUCUGACUAAACUAGCACUAAACUAAUGAAUACAAAUUUAGUAAAGAAUAAAGACAAAGAUUAAAGAGUAAGAAGAUUAGUAAGCAGUAACAGUAAGAGAUUAUUCUUAAUUAUUACUCAUCAUUGUCCCUGCUAAAUAAAUUAAAAAUUAGGCCUAAAUUCUAUACUAUCCUAUUAUAUAAUACUUGGACUAUUCUUCAGUAUUUAAUUUAAGUACAGAAUAGAUUAAUAAGGUCUAAGGUACAAUCCUAUUAACAUAUUAUUAUCUUAGAUCUCUAGGUCCAAAUUAUAUACUACAUCAAUAAAUAGCUCCUACUCCAACAAAUAGUAGCCUAUAACUAUAGUAUAGGGAUAGCCCACUUUUGUGGUUGUAGUCUUCCUUGGCUUAAGGCUAUGCAUAAGGCCCUUAACCUGAAGAUUUUUAUCAGGCAAAAAUAACCAUUUUUGAAAUUUUUUAUUUAAUAUUUAAGUUUUGACCUUAUCAUAAUAACAUGGACUUUUUAAAGAAUGCAACAAGUGCCCUUUCCCGUGCCAUUUCUCGGGUUUUUAAGUAAAUAAGUAUUUUGAUAAUAGUAGGUUGGUUAGUGUUAUGCUAAUUAAUUUGUAGACUUAUUUUUACUUUACUAACCUAUAUAUAUUAUAUAUAUAUUAUAGAUUUAAAUGCCUCAUCUAUUGGCAUGUGAGGCCUAAUAACUAUAAUUUUACUAUUUAAAAAAUUAAUUUUAGGCUUCAAACAUUAAAAUAUAUUGUUUGAGUGCUUACCCUAUUUCUUAAACAAUUUGAUAAAAAAAUCAAUGAAAGUUCUUAAUGUAUAACAUUGAUAAGUACACAAAAUUACAAGGAAACAUUAUAUAUAUUGAUAUAAACAUCUUGGUUACAUCAAUAAAAUGGAAAAUGUAUAAUUAUAAUACAACUAUGCAUCGUUUAACAAUAACAUUUAUUCAUCAGCAAUCAUUUAUUUUUAGGGGACCAGCAAAGCGAAAUAUGAUACGCAAAAAGGACUACAGCCCAAUUUACUGGGACAAGUACUUUGAAAAAAAACUAGAUGUAACAACAGCUGCUGGAGAUGUAAUAAUUAAACUUCAUUAUUUAAAUAAUAUUUGCUAUAUUUAUACAAUUGUAACCAUCCCUUUUAAUCUAAAGCAUACAUUCUUUUAAUCAUUCAUAGCAUUGCCAAAAUCUGAAAUCCUCUUUGUAUUGAUUCAUAUGCUGUAAUAUACAAAUAAAAUAGUAUAUAAUGAAUAGAGUUAAAAUGUAAAAAAAUUAUUAGAUUGGUUAAAUUAUUGUUCUUUUGUUAAUUUCUUUAUAAAUUUCUAAAGACUUUUAGAGUGUAUGAACGGGGCAGUGAAGGGCCAGUUUUACUGUUUUUACAUGGAGGCGGCUUUUCAGCACUGUCUUGGGCUCUCUUGUCAGUAAGAAAUUUUACCUAACUAAAUAUAUCUUAAAAAUUUCUUAUACUGUGUGUAUAUUCAGUUUAAAACUUACUUUUAGAAAUAAUAUUUGGUUUACCAGCUGUAAUUGCGUUUGAUUUUAUGAAUUAUUUUAAGUGUUAAACUGAACGUGAUGUUCUUAAAUUAACUUUCAACUGAUCAAAUGUAUUAAUUUGUUUUUAUGAUUCUGAUAUUCAAAAUACGAGUAAAAUAUAAUUCCUAACUUACAGGGAUAUUCUUUCUUUCUUGCUGCAGGCCCAUAUCACAACGAUGGUAAAAUGCAGGUGUGUUGCUGUAGAUCUCAGAGGACACGGUACAGAGUUUUAUUUAUCUAUUAUAAGUUUUAAUGUAUGUGUAUUUUGUAAUCUUCAAUUGAUAAACCACUUUAAAAAGUUUGCCCAAAAAAACAGAGUUUCUUUUGCUUUUUUUUUUUUUUUAAAUAGAUGUAGGACUUUAUCUAUAAACAUUUCUUUUACAAUUUCUAUACUAUGAUAUACAAUCUUCAAUUUUUAAUAUUUUUUCAGGAGAUAGUUCAACAUCAGAUAAUAAAAAUUUAAGUGCUGAACAAAUGUCAAGGUUGGUUGUUAUCAAUGUCUACUAAAAAAUCAGUCCUUCUUCAAACAUAAUAUCAUCCAUUCAUUAUAUCAUCAUCAGUGGCUCUACAGCCCAUGUAGGGUCCUGGUCUGCUCCACCAUAUCCUUCCCUUUGUAUCAAUCAAUGGCUUUCUGCCACCAUGCACAACCUCUGCUUGUGUAAAUCCUUCUCUACAUUAUCAAUCUUCAUUUCAGUCUUGGUUGACUGGUGAGCCGUCUGCCCCUAGGUUUCUGCCUGUAUAUCACUUUUGAUGGGCUACAAUCCGGCAGCCUCUCAAAAUAUCCUUUCUAGUCCAGUCUGUCUUUUUUUAAUUGUUGUGAUUAUGGGUGGGUCUUCAAACAACUGAUAUAUCUCUUUGUGUUUAUGGAUUCUACAUCCAUCAUUGUCUAUCACCAGACCAUAUAUUUUCCUCUCCCAUGUGUAGAGCAGGUUCUCUGCAGUUUCUGGUAAGGGACAAAGUCUCACUUGCGUAAAUUACAACUUGUCUAAUAAUAGGGGUGUUUAUUGCCUUCUUAGGUCUCCUUGAGAAGUUUUUGCUUCCUAGUAGCUUUUGUAGGCUGAAAUAAGAUAGGUUUCCUGCUGUUAUUCUUUCUUUCACCCUCAACAUUAUUUCAUUGCUCAUUCGUUUUAACAAUUAUCAAUAAAUAUAGAAAAAAGUAACACUCUUAAUAAUUACAAAUCCAGCAAAUAAAGAAUCAUUAUCAUUUUUAGAAGCAUUACCAAGUAUCAAAAUGUUGUGAUUUGUGGAUAAUUAAUUUGUCAAAGUUGCACCUACAUAGAAAUAGAAAUCAAAGAGCGUCAUUUUUGCAUUAUUAAUUAAUUCACAUUUUUACUUUGCUGAAUCAGUUUAUCAACUGCUUUUCAGUGAUGUUGGAAACAUUGUGCUGAGUCUAUAUAAAGAUGAUCCCCCACCAAUUAUACUUGUUGGACACAGGUAAUUUCAAAUUUGCAAUUAAGAAAUAUAUUCAUGCUGCAUGCUACUUACCCAUAUUGAUAUCACAUAUCCCAGAAGUAGAUUACCAUUGGUGCAAUUCCUGGUCUGGGGCUAGGGAAUAAUAUACUCCUCAUGCAGCAAAAACAGUUUUAAAACAUAUACUUGAGUACAUGCUCAACUGUGAUUAAAAAUAACCAUAUUUAAAGAGACGCAACUUAAUUAAGCUUGCCUAAUUUUGCAAUAAAAGUAAAAUCCGAACCAAAAGAAACCAAACAUAUUGAGUCAAAUGUCAGUGUCAGGCCUGAUUAUUAAGCCAGCUUAUUUCUUUUUUUUUAUCCUUGAGUUUUUAAACAUUUUUUGUAGUUGCACUCAGUUUUUUAAAUUCUGUUUCAGUAUGGGUGGUGCCAUUGCUGUGCAUACUGCCGUGAGAAAUCUCAUCUCAAAUCUUAUUGGGAUAGCUGUUAUUGAUGUUGUAGAAGGUAAUAACCUUAUUUUUCCUUUAAAGCAUGUAGCAGACAUUCCAAGAAACAAAAGAGAAAUAUUGAAUUAGAAGACGUUUUAUGCUCAAUUAACAUCAAACUUUGCGACUCAUGAGCUCAGAGAUCACUUUGAUAUAACAUACUUUAACAACUUGUAUAUUAAACAUUUUUCUACCUUUUUUUUUUUAUUGUCAGGGGUUUUGUUUUAAAUGGUUUUCUUUUUAAUACUUCUUAGGGAAUAAUUUAAAAUUAAAGUUGAUUAUGAAAGUAACUCAAAAUACCAAUUUCUAGUUUUCACCUGGUACUUUAAAGGGAAAAUGAGUAUUGUUUUUAUUUGGGAACGUUAUCUGUAUUUUUGAGUUACACGUAGUCUUUUGUAUUUAAGGUACAGCCUUAGAAGCUCUGGCCAGCAUGCAGUCAUUUCUCAGAGGAAGACCUAAAACAUUUGAGUCAAUGGAAAAAGCAAUAGAAUGGGCGUAAGUAAAUAAUAUCAGAAUUAUGACCCAUUACAAAUAAUUGCUUUCAACAUUCAGUGAAGUUUAAAGACUUGGGGAGUUAACCCAAGCUGUGAAAACAGACAAGUCUGUUCUGUAGAUGUUAACCUUCAGAAAAUCACGCCAACUUAUCUUCAUAUUGCCUUGAGCUGGGUGAUAUAUUUUACAUCAAAAGCAAAAAAACUAAAAAUUUAUAUAUAUCAAGAUCCAUAUUAUUAGCAAAGCAUGUUUAUGUUUAUCUCAAAGUUUAGAAAUUUUUAUCUGUUACUAAAAAAACAACACUGCUACAGCUAGCAUAAUUGUCUGGAUAAUUACUGAUUUAAUUAUUUAGUAUUCCUUAUAUUCUUUUACUUAAUUUGUUGCACUCGCUUUAUAUUAUAAUUACAUUUUUCCAUCAAGGGUAAGGAGUGGUCAAAUCAUGAACUUGGAGUCAGCACGAGUAUCAAUGGUUGGUCAGUUAAAAAGGUCUGGGAACAUUAAUAUUUUUCAUCAUGCCCAUUAAAAAAAAAGAAAACAGCUUUUUUGUUAUAACUGUAGAAUAAACUGCAAAGCUUAAAGCCGUUAAAUCAAUUUAUUUUAGGAAUCUUUGGGAAAACAUCUUGUAUAUACCAGUAAUAAAUAACUACUGUAUAUACUCUUUGUAUAUGUUGCGGUAGUGGAAUGGUUGUACUCUUAGUUUGGGGUUUUCAAAAGUGGGUAUUAUCGGUUGGCCAGCAGAUAGCCUUGACCCUUUGUAUCAGGUGUGUGUCAUGGCCCUUUUUUAUUAACAUAAAUAUAGCUAAUAUUUAAUAAUAAAUGGACAUUGAACAAAUUUUUUCAACUUGAAACUGAAAAGCAGUCAUCAUAAACUACCCAGUCUUUAAUUUUUUAAAAACUCAUUGCCCUCUGCUCGAUUUGUAAGCAAGGGAGAAAAUGAUUUUUUGCCUUUUCGUAUAAAUGUCUAUUCCAUGCUGAAUAACAGUAAGAAAAAUUGAUGUCGAUUGGAUAGGUUGCACACCUGAAAUUUAUCAAAAAUAGUUGGUAACAAAAGUUAGACCUAUACUAGAGUAUAUAUGGUAGUUUGUAAAAUUUAAUCAUUAAAAUAAUUGUAUUGAAAGACUUACAACUACUGAUAUCUUUUGAUAAUUCAAAUGAUUAAAAUCAGACCUGUCACAUGGGUUCUGAAACCCCUGCUGCUGCAGAGUGCCUCGGAUAUAUAAGCGGGCAAAAAGUUGUGAUUUAAAAGAGAGAAAAAAAGUCACCCCAAAAGUCACUGGACGGCUCUGAUUAAAAUGAAGAAAAAAAGAAGAAAGAAAACAACAACAUGGCUGUAUGUUAACAUUUAAUAGCUUUAUUUCAUCGGUGUCCCGAUAUGCAACCAAUAAUUAUUAAAUACCAUUUCAGCAUCAGCUCAGAUGAAACAGGUCCAGAAGAGAUGGAACAUCAGCACAGAACUUUCCAAGACACCAUUGAGGAAGAGAAGGAUGAGGAGACGACAACAGCAACAUUACCCAGUUCUUCAUCUCAAAGUCCUUUCAAAACACCUGGUUCAAACCAAGUAGGUAUUUCUUCAGUGAGUUGGACAUUAAUAGACAGAGAUAACAUUUCUGUAGUCAUAUUUUUGUGUUAUUUUUCUUCUGAGGAACAGUUGAAUUUAAAACCUCAAAUUUAUUCAAGUUAAUUUAUUAUUUUUAAAUUUUCCCAUACCAGAGUCCUCACAAGUACACAUGGAGGAUAGAUUUGUCCCAGACUGAGAAAUUCUGGGAGGGUAUGAUCAUUUUCUUAUAUUCUACAAGUACAAUUUGUUUUAAGGCUGCAGCUAUUCUUACACGGGUACCUUUAGACUAAAUGGCUAUUUGGAUGUCAUUUUGGUAUUUUAUUUUAGUGAACCUGAAGAAAUAAGUUUACAAACAUAUAGUUCAUUCAAUUAUCUUUGAUUUGAUACCAAAUUUGGUCUUGCAAACCCAACAAUAAUAUUUUAAAUAUUUUUUAUAUAAACCCAACCUCUCACUCUUUUCCGGGUUAGAAUAGCCACUUACUUCAUUGUUUUAAAGUAAAAUAUGUUAAGAUCUAAAUCAUGCAAACUGUUACCAAUCCAGCCUUGUUAGGGUGGGAACCCUGUUUUAUGUUUUCUUUACUUGUAUCUGUGCAUUUAUUAAAUGUUAAUUUUUAUUUUCUUAAAUGCCAAAAAUCAUACAGGUUGGUUUGAAGGGUUGUCACAGAAAUUUUUGUCUUGUGCAGCACCAAAGAUGCUGAUUCUAGCAGGUAAUCUGUAACUAAGUUUUUAGCCUGCACAAAUAAACAAAUAUGCCCGUACUUUUGCAUUCUUUACGUAGGAAUUUAUCUAAUUCUGUGAUUUUAUUGUCAGAGUUUUUCUUAUCGACUAUUUAGUACCACAACCAAAUGUAAAAGUAUAUAUUCCAGUGGUUUUAAGGAUUUUUAAAAAAAGUUAAUUAAUAAAUAAAAUUAUUUUGGGUUGUUAGUUUUAGCUCCUUCCACACCCAGUCGGUAAAUUGACAGAACAAUAAUAAGAUUGGCUAGCGACCAUCCAUAAUUAAAUAGUGUUUGCACUGAGAGGGGAAAGGGGUGGUGUUGACUUGGAAGCGUACAGGUGGGGUACAGGUGGGGUAGAGGUAGUUAUGUAAAUAUUUUUAAAGGCUCUAAAAUAACCCCACCUUCUUUUGUAAUAAUCAUCCUAUUUUUGCUUUGCGUUUUCCAAUGAACUCUUCAAAUAGAGACACAGUAAUGUUUAAAAAUGCAUUUUCAACUGCCCUGCACAGCAGCUUUAGAUUUUGGCAAAAAAUUUGAAAUAAAUUAUUGAACAAUUUUACUAUUUAAAUUUAGUAACUACUAAAAUAAAAAGGAUUUAUAUAAACACAGCUAGGUAAGGGGAAGCUAAUUUUCCACAAGGAUUCUGUUAAAGUGUAGAAUGAUGCAAAACUAUAUUCAGGUAUGUGUAAAAGGGUGCUGGGUGGCCGAGCGGUCUAAAGUGACUCAAAUCAAAUAGCUGGUGGUCUGUAGUUCAAUUCCCACCAAAGCCAACAUCCCAAGCAACCCGGGUGGAUGGGACUCGUUAGCCUUGGAUGGCAACCCAUCUAAGAGAAGGCAAACUCUGAAUUUAAACCAGGAGCCAGAAUGAUCAACAAAUUGAUCGUGGGCCCCCUUAAAUAUAAGAAGAAAGUGCAUCCCUACAUUUUAAAUUUAUGAAAAAAUUUCUGGGAAGUGGGCUUAGCCUCCUACUCAAACCCCAGCCACUUUUUUGUUCAGGUGACUUGAGCAGGCAUCCUCAAUUUACGCUCCCCCACCACAUCUUCGUCUAUCAAAGUGGCAAAAGAUGGGUACAUUUUUAUUUGCAUAAUGCACUGUAUAUACAUGUUAGUCAUCUACUUUGAGAAGUGACCUUUAUUAGACUUGUGAUGCGAAUUGUAUACAUUAUGUAUAUUUAUUUAAGAUUACCAUUACAAUAAAGUGUUUUAUGAUUUUGAGAAUGUUAAGUUCUACCCUUGGACUAUAUUGUAUUAUUUUGGGAAUUCCGGUGUUACCAGGUCUGUUACUGGAAUAUGAAGCAUGAAUUUUACCAUUUUCUUGUAUGUAAUUCAUUUACUUAAGAAAAAAAAUAGUGCACUGUGAUGCAUUUCAAAAUAGACUUUUAAUAUGUCUUUAAGGUCCAGAUAGGCUGGAUAAAGACCUCACCAUUGGUCAAAUGCAAGGUAAAUAAAUCACCAAUUUUUGUAUCUAAUUUUUAGUUGUUACAUUAUAUCAACCUUCAGACUGGUCAUUCAAGAUUAUUGUUGCCAUGAUUUUUGGCUCAUGCAUGAGAUACUGGUAAUACCUAAUUUUUAACCAUAGGAUGUUUUUUGGCAUACCAAUUAAAUAGUAUAAAAAUAUGUUAACUCAAUGCUAUAAUCACUAACAAUGAAUAUUUAUUGUGUCAAUUGAGUCUAAAAUGUAAUUUUUAAAGUAAGUUAUCUUUGGUAAAUCUUAAUCUUAUGUUUUCCAGGAAAGUUUCAGAUGAACUUGUUACCACAAUGUGGCCAUGCAGUACAUGAGGAUGUGCCAGAAAAGGUAGAGUAGAUUUCACUUCCAUUCACCAGUGUCGCUUGGUUGAAUAAAGAUGAAUGAUUCAGACCAAAUACUGCGGCGGGUGUAGGUGGUAGUCCACCCAGAGUGGCAUCUUUUUAUGUUUAGGAGCGGAUAUUUUCUGCUCACUGCAGAGUUUUUUGUCUUGGUAUUGGAGGAGGCAAAAAGCCUGACUUGCCCCUACGGCCUUAACCCUAGCUUCAGCCUUCUUCCUUGAUGUCCCCAUUGAUCUUGCUAUGUUGCUAAAAAAAUAAUUAUUUGUAUUAUUAUUUUUCAAAAGAAACAUUGAGGUUAAUAUGACUACCAUAUAUUUCAUUUAGUUUGGACUAUUUGAUAUUUAUCUUGAAAUAAAAUUCAUCAAUUAUGGGAGGGCUAACUGAAUUAAGGAAUAUUGAGUAAUAUAUAGUGCAAAGUCAUCACUUAUUAAAAAAAAACAUAAUUACUUUUGAUUACUUGUUCCAUCUUUAUUAUUUAGGUUCUUUCCACAUAUAAAUGUUCUUAGUUUUAUAUCUUGUUUCAAUUAACAAUCAUUGGAUUGAUUUUACCAUUUUAAAAAAAAAACGCAUGACGAACACAUUUCAAGUGCCCCACAAUAUUUAAUUUUUCUUGCAGGUUGCAGAUAUUUUAGCAAAUUUUAUGAUCAGACAUCGCGUCACAGAGGCACUCGUUGGUUUUGAAAGGUGAGAUUGAUCAUAUUCAUUACAGAGGAGAAUAUCCGAUGAGAAGUUGUACUCCUUUCAUGAAAAAUGAAAUGAGAUGACAUGGCUGUUAAACAGGUCGUGGGUGAAUGUAAUUGUUUAUCAUGGGAGUUCCCCCUUAAUAAAUAUUACUUGAAACAUAUCCAAAUUAAAUCCUGAUUUUUUUUAAUUUAAAUUUUAUCCUUUUAUUUUCAACAUCAAAAUAGAUGCUUUAGUAAAAUGAACGACAUAUUUUAGAAUUAUUUCUUACAGUUGAGGGUAGUUCGGUUUCUUGAUGGUAAGUAGAAAAUAAUAUUUUUUGUAACAAAUUAAUUAUAUUUUUUAUUUUACCCCAUACACUUGCUCCCAAUGAGUGCUUGAAAAAUUUUUGGCUUUAACUAAAAUCAUUUUCUUUUUUGCAGAUCAGUACCAGGAUGUUAAGUGUGGCAACUGAAAUUGUGCUUUUCUCCAUAAGUACUUUAUGUAUUUGGUAAAAUGUUUUUUUUUUUGGUUGUUUUUUUAAAAUAUUAAGUUCAGUCCAAUUAAUCACCAUGAGUAAUCAAUUAUUUUUUAAUGAACAAAUUUUGAAGCAUUCUAAUUCUAAUUCUGGCAAUAAUUGUGUUUGUACAUUAAACAUAUCUGUCACAAGAUUUUAUUUUUUCAAUAAAACAGAAUUGAGAUUCUUGCCAGGAAAAAGAUUGAUUCAUUUUUGUAAAAGCUUGGGAAUCAUGUUCUCUCGGUUGCACUGAAGUCGAUGGCUAGUCAAUUAAUAAUAAUUGAUCAGUGAUAGUAUAAUUUUUUGUUAAACUUUGAAAUUUUGAUUAAACAGUAUACAAACAAACAGAAGCCUUGUUUUUUUUUUAAAAAAACUUCAUAUAUUUUAUCUAGGUUUUUUUAAAUUUGGUUGAAUUAGAUGGAAAAACACUCAUGUAAUGUCUAAUCUCUAAUUGCUUGACAACUGAAACAAUGUCAUUGGAAAUUCAGAUCCUUUGACAAUUUGGAAAAUCACCAGAUUGUCUCAUUGUUUAAAGAAGCUGUUCUUAACCUGUGUGUCGCCACCCCUUUGGGGGUCGAACAACCCUUACACAGGGGUCACCUAUGACCAUCAGAAAACACAUAUUUAUGAAGUAGCUACAAAAAUUUGAUGGUUUGGGGUCACAACAUGAGGAACUGUAUUAAAUGGUUGCGGCAUUAGGAAGGUAGAGAACCACUGGUUUAAAGCAUCUCUGUCCCUGAUUAUAUGUUGAUAUUAUCAGCCGUCUUUGAUGAUAAAAAAUCCAGAAAACUAAACUUUAUUUUUUUAAAACACUUGUGGUGUAAGCAUAAUGUAUCGAGUGCUGUUUUACUGUUAGUAAAAUUGUUAAAUAUGUGUAUAGUAUUGCGCUUUUUGUGUUUAAAAGAUGCCAACUCAUUCAUGAUUGAUUCCAUUCAUAUUCCACUUAAGCCAUUUUUUGAAUAAUUACAAAAGAUCAAAGGAGCAUUAAAGUUAAAGAUGUCUUUUAGCAAGUACUAGUAAAUUAUAAAUAUUCUUUGACUUUAAAAAAAAAGAAACUGAACAUAUUAGGUUAACCAUUUUUAUUCUUUGUUAUAAACCUAACCAGGAAAAAUGAAAGUAACUACUUUAUUUUGUGUAUCAUAUCAAAGAUUAAAUUUGUUAUAUGAAGUUGGCUUUAAAAAUACAUCUCUACUCCCCCCCCCCCCCCCAAAGAAACUGAACAUAUUAGGUUAACCAUUUUUAUUCUUUGUUAUAAACCUAACCAGGAAAAAUGAAAGUAACUACUUUACUUUGUGUAUCAUAUCAAAGAUUAAAUUUGUUAUAUGAAGUUGGCUUUAAAAAUACAUCUCUACUCCCCCCCCCCCCUCAGUAAAUACAUCUCUACUCUCUCCCUCAGUAACAAAAUAGUAAGGUUGCAAAAAGCAUUCAAAGCUAGCAGUGUUCACAUCUCAUGCUUUUAUUUGAAUAAUAUUCUACUACUGGGCCUGAUUUGACUUUAACAGACACCAUUGUUUUCUCCACUCCAUUAAUGAUAUGCUUUUGCUCGAGUUUCAUUUCAUCCAUUUAGAUUAAAACUUUCAUCACAUAAUGCAAUCAGUGUAUAUUUAUUUUAAUUAAUCAUGGUACUGAAUGCCUUCUUAUGGUCUGCAAAUGCUCAUUUGCUUGUGUAACGUUGUAUCAGUAUUUAGUUUCUAGUCCAAAUUUAGCAUAUAAAUAUAAACUGACGCAUAUGUAAAUUGAAGCUACUCUGUACCACUGUCUAUUUACACAAAAUUUGUGUAUAUAAAAAACAAAGUUGUGUUUACAUGAAAAUUACCAGAAUUAAUAUUGAAGUAUUUGUAUUUGUGGCAGUAACACUGUUCAAUAAGAAAAAUAUGUGGAAACA